GGCACAGUAGGUCAUUGGUGGGGUUUGUUUGUUGUGGUUCAUCAUGGUGGUUCAUAGAUAAGUUCAAUAAGUUGUGUUGUUGUGCUUGUGCAUAAGUUGUGGUUUAUGUUGUUAUGUUACAUGGACUUACGGUUCUUUCGUUUGGCUCUUUUCUUUAUAAUAUAAUUAAUUAAAUUAAUGCCUAGCCACGCCUAACUUAACAAAAUGAGCACGCAUCCACAAACUGAUCAGCUUCAAGACAUAGAGAUUGCUAUCAAAACAGAAUAUAAUGAAGAUUUAAAUGUUCUGGAUUUUGUUAAAACAGAGUUUAAGCAAGAGAUAUGUGAAGAUGUACAGGCGACCAGCACAAAUAAUUUUUUGGACCAUCAAUUAUAUUCAGAAGUCGAUAUUAAAGACCUGAAAUGUGAAGAAAAACAAAAUGAUCAUUUGGUUUUUGUUAAAAAUGAUCCAAGUUUGGAGAAUACAUCACCUAAUGAACAACAGGAUGGUAGCACCUUAAAUACAAACACCGUAAAGAGAAUUGAAACCCCCCACAUUUGCAGUAUUUGUUCUAAGGAAUUUAUAAGCAAAAGAGCUUUUCAACUACAUAUAAACAGACAUAAUGGAGAAAAAAAUUUCACAUGUGAUAUAUGUUCUAAGAAAUUUUCCGAUAGAAGUGGUCUCAGGAAACACAAAAUGAGACACGACGGAGACAAGCCUUACAAGUGUAGCUUCUGUGUAAUGUCGUUUAUCGAAAGCUAUGCUUUAAAGAGUCACAUGCGUGUCCACAUUGGAGGAAAGUCUUUUAAAUGUGACAUUUGUUGCAAGAAGUUGUCAUGCAUGAAGAGCUUAAAGCGACAUUACCAUUCACGACAUGUAGGGAAAAUUUUACAUCCGAAAAUUUUAAUUCCAGAUCCAAGUUUGGAAACCACAUCGCCACAAGCACACCAGGAUGAUGGCACCUUAAAGACAAUUGAAACCACUCACAUUUGUGAUAUGUGUUCUAAUGAAUUUUUAAGCGAAAAAGCUUUGCAAGCACAUAAAAAAAGACAACACUUAGAAAAAUCUUUCACUUGUGAGAUCUGUUUUAAGACAUUUAAAAGAAAAACAGAUUUGACUAUACAUACAAUGAGACAUACAGGGCAAAAAGAUUUUAUAUGCGAUAUUUGUUCAAAACAGUUUGUGAGAAACUUAGAUUUGCAGUGUCAUAUGUACGUGCAUACUAAUGAAAAACCGUUUGAAUGUGAUGUUUGUUCUAAGAAAUUUUCCGAAAGAACCAAUCUCAAGAGACACAAAAUGAGGCAUACUGGACAAAAACCCUUUGAAUGCGAGAUUUGCUUCGCUAGGUUUGCAGAAAACUUUGUGCUAAAGAAACAUUUGCGAAUUCACUCCGGAGACAAGCCUUACAAGUGUAGUCUUUGCUUAAUGUCGUUUAAUGACAGCUCUGGUUUGAAGAGUCAUAUGCGUGUACACACUGGAGAAAAGCCUUUUGAAUGUGACAUUUGUGGCAAGAAAUUGUCGGACAGGAAGAGCUUAAGGCAUCAUACCCUGUUACAUACAGAAGAAAGAGCCUUUGAGUGCAAUUUGUGUUUGAAGGUAUUUUCCAGAAGACAAUAUUUAACAUCUCAUAUGCGCGUUCAUACCGCGGAAAAACCUUUUGAAUGUGACAUUUGUUUUGUAAAGUUUUCGGGACUUAAAAGUAUGAACAAUCAUAAGUUGAGUGUUCACUCUGAAAAAACACAACACGAAAAUCAGACUUAAAGUCGAUAAAACGAGGAAAGAACCUAUUCCUUUAAGGUUUUUUUUUCUUUAAUAAAGUUUCAAGAACUCUA